AUGUACGCCGCUCAGAAUAUAACGCCAACAGUUUUGGAUGCUAUGAAUGGAAAUGUUUCCGAAUGGUAUAACGAAUGCGACAAUGCCAUUAGAAGGUCAGAAAUAGUUCCUGGAACUUACGAAUAUACAACUGCUGUUUCUUAUGGAAACGUAGGUGAGUUUGGAGAAGGUUCUUCAACAACAGUAGAUAUUGCUUGCGACAGGUUUCAUAUAAUUUCUAUUGACAACUCUUUCUUAUACGUGGAACAAGACAUUGAAAUAAAACCUUCUGCCAAGUUGUCUGACAAGAAAGGUUGCAAUGGAAUUUUCUAUGUCGGAUACCAAUAUGCUCCAGAAGUUUUCAUGGGAUAUAAGAUAUAUUCUAACUCUGACUUAGUUCAAACAGUAACAUGGGCAAACUAUGAAUGGUUCGCUUUGAGAAACUCAGUACAACCACAAGCUAGAGAACAAACAGACCAGUAUGCAACUAUUGAGAAAAUAAGAAGACUUGACCCUA